AGAAACGAUUGACCAAAAGAUGUUUGACAAACAGUGCAUUAAACAAUCAUGGGAUGAUUGUGAAGAAAUCUAUUGUUAAAAGAUCAAAUCAGGUUACAGUCGUUUGCCAACAGUUUUGUGAUUACAAAGAAUAAGAGCUGCUUCUUGACCAGUUCAUCAAAUGAGUGAAAAAGUUCAGCAGAAAUUAAAAGGAAAACAAAUUAACAUAUCAAUGUUAUUGCGUUUAUCAAGCAGAUUAACAGCCUUUUAAAAGGAACCAUUGUGACUUCUGAAAACUCUGUAUGAGGUUGAACCCUGCAGUAAGUGUGCUGUCAUGUUGACCAGCCCAGAGUGUGUGUGGUGUGUGUGUGUUUGUGUCCCCAGCGGUCACAGGAUGUAAUGAGCUGGAAUCACGUUGUGGUGCUGUUCACAACACAGGUACCCGAUGGCUGUUCGCUGGUUAUGCAGCCUUUUUGGAAAGCCCUUUGAUGGUGGGAAGAGGACAAUGGAUCAUGGCAACCAACAGCAACAGCAACCACAGACACAGUACAUGGCAGGGCCAUUCCAGGCAUUCAUGGGCCCUCAAGGUCCAUUCCCUGGGCCCCACCCCACCCUUGUGCGCCUGGAUGAGCUGCAAAGGGAAGCUGUGACAUUAGGACAGAAAGUCUGUUCCUUCAGUGGAUUGCAGAGUGACAGGGAGUACAAACGACUUGAGCGGGAGCUGACGCGACUCCAGCUGGAGGUGGAUCAGGUGGAGACAGAGGGACGGAUGGAGCUGCAGCACGCUCGGAAGCGGGUAGCAGGGGAGGUGGAGGGGUUAUUGCACUACCUGGAGGGUAAUGCUACCCACCCCUCUCAAUUAGCUAUAGAGGAGCUGAGCCAGGAGGCACAAAGGCUCCUGCUGUCUGGUGUGGUGGCUCCAUUUCGGGAAGGACAGGUUCAGGAUACAGUGGAGACCGGUGAGGACCUUGUGGAGGCUGUGCAGGAUGUGGCAAUGCGCCUGGCCCAGAUCAAGACGGGUGGAAGUGUGCCGCUCAGGAAAGCCCGGUACCGCGCUCUAACCCGCGUCUGUGCAGUGCAGGAUGUCCUGGAGGGCCGUGUUCGCACGCACACACUUGCGCUGCCUCUGUCUGAAGAGACCCAUGAGGCCGUGCAGCGCAUCAACCAAGUGAUGGUGCAGGUGAGUGGUGCUCGUUGUCAGCUGGUUGCUCUGCUGAUGGGGUUGAGUGGGCGGGAUAGCUGUGCCCACCUAGCACGUGUCCUCACUGAGCUGUUAGUGGAGCUGGAUGCACUAGAUGUGUCCAGUAACUCAGCCGUCAGGAACUACAGAAAGCAGGUGGUGGAAGAGAUCAACGGCCUCCUUAAACACCUCGACCUGGAGGGGGAGGGAGAUGGCUCUCACAGAUAUGACCUGACGAAUAAUGACUCCAUCCGUGAAAUUGAGGCCAUCCGAGGUCGUGUGUCUGUGCUGCGGGGAGAAGUACUGAGACAAGGUAUAGCAGGCCAAGGGUUGGAGCUUCAGAGUCUUCUAACUCAUCUGGACCAAGUGGACACCGGACGGAACCCCUGCAUAAGAGAGGCACGUCGAAGAGCCGUUCUAGAGAUCCAGGCAGUCAUAACCUACAUUGACCUCCGGGAAGCCCUCGGCCGCAGGAACCCUGGACCAGAAGAACCCCCACCUCACGCAGCAGUGUGGCAUGUCCUUGCCAGUCUAUCUGAACUGCACUUCCAGGUGCUUGGUUUUGAUGGCAAGAGAGCUGACAAGAGCUACAUGGUUCUCGAGGAGUUGCUGACCAAGCAGCUUCUGGUUCUGGAUGCUGUAGACCCUCAGGGGGACCAGGGAACAAAAACUGCUCGUAAACAAGCAGUCAAAUAUGCCCAGAACAUCCUCAGCUACCUGGACCUGAAGACAGAUGAGUGGGAAUACUGAGAGAGUCAAGAGAGUAAAAAGCAAAAUACUGGAAAUUUUCACUUGCACGAAGUGCUUUGAAAAUGUUUUGUGCUUAGUUAAUGUCAUGGUGGCUGAGGACUUGCACAAGUUGAAUUUGUAUAUAAAAGACUUUGUCCUAGAUGGUAAAAUUCUUUCCUUACAUGCACUAUAGUUCCUGCUUUUUAAUUUGUCUGGUUAUUGUCCUAGUCAUUGAUCAGUGUGCCAGUUGUUACUGGAAACAGCAGUUUUGUUCACUAAACUGUCUGCAGGCUAACCUAUGCAGCAUUUGAGUGUUCUUGUUUAUGA